AUGAAGGUGAUCCUUCUGACUGCCGCUCUUCUUGCUUUGGUCUCUAUGACCUGGCUGCAGGCAGUAUGGCUGGGAAGGCUGGACCCGAAGCAGCUCCUUGGGCCCUGGUACAUCCUGGCUGUGGCCUCCCGUGCAAAGGAUUUCAUGGUGGAGAAGGACAUGAAAAAUGUGGAAGGUGUCGUGGUGACUCUUACUCCAGAUAACAAAUUGAGAAUUCAGUCCUCUCAACAUGGGCCAGGUGGAUGUCAUCAGAGCACUGUGGAGCUGCUGAAGCAAGAUUCCCGAUGGGUAUUUGAGAAUCCCUCUCUGGGUAUAUUGGAUUAUCGGGUACUGGGCACUAACUUCAAAGACUACGCCGUCAUCUUCACACAGCUGGAAUUUGGGGAUGAGGUCUUCAACACAGUAGAGUUGUACAGUCGGACAGAGAUGGCCAGCCACGAGGCCAUGCAGCUGUUCACCAAAUGGAUCCAGGGUCUGGGCUUCUCAUCUCAACAGCAGGCUCAGCUGCAGAAGGACUUCACUUGUGCACACAAGAUCCUCUAG